CAUAAGCUGUCAUUAUGGUUUUAAAGUAUUGGUACAGGUACUAGUAAUAGUUGGUAUCGCGGCACAGCACAGCGCUACAGCUUACUUUGGAGGCGUCACGGUAUUUAUAGCGACCACGUGCUUUGGGCAAAGCGCGGCCACGUGACACCUUGCAACCAAUGCGGUGUCCAGGGCGUGGAUUGCCUCAAUCAGUUUGACACAAUGAAAGAUCUCGGUUGCUUUGUAGCGAUACAUGAGAUCCCUUCUUACGUUACCUUAUGAUGUUGUAGCGCCGCUUCCCAGGAGUUGAUUUUGCUUCCUUUGCAGUUUCUGUCGGUGGUAACAUUAGAAGGUGGCCUCCGUGUACCCAUCAUAAUGCAUCCGAUGCCCGUGUCUUCCGUCAGCGGUGGAGACAUAUUUGAUUGUAUACAGAGAGGAAAUAUUGAAGAGUGUAUACACUUCGUUCAGAGUAACCGAUCUAUACUCAAGCAAAAAGGUUGGGGUGGCUUUACCCCACUCCACUAUGCUGCUCUGCAUGGUAACCGAGCCUUGGUCGACCUUUUCCUUAGUGCAGGAGCUGAUCCUAACCUGACAUGUGAUGCAGGACAGACAGCUUUUCAUUUUGCCUGCAGGCAAGGGAACAUCUACAUCAUACAUCAAAUGAUGCAGUACGGGGCCGAUUUACAUCUCAUAGACCUACAGGGAAAAACAUCACUGCACCAUGCGGUCACUGGGGGGAGCAUCAUUGCAGUGCACUAUUUGUGGGAGACAGGAAUGUUUAGGUUCACAGACACAGACAUGUACCAGGUGACUCCCCUUCACCUGGCUGCAUCCACAGGAAACACAGAAGUUAUUCGGUAUUUGCUCAAGGACCAGAGGUGUGCUGUAGAUGCAGUUGACCAGCAGGGUGCGACAGCGCUUCACGUCGCAGCAGAGAGGGGUGGAGUGGAAGUGUGCUGGAUACUACUGCAGAGAACAGGGUGCGGGAUGCUCCAUCAGAAGAAUCAUAGCGGCCUGGCACCACUGGAUCUCAGCAAACAGGGCAAAACAUUUAGACAUCAGCAACUCACCAAACUACUGAGUCGGUACAUUAAUGAGCCAAUACACCACAAGCCCAGAGAGUCUCAUGUUUUAUACUACUGGACACUGUUUUUUCCAUCGCUGAGUGGAGCUGCCAUCCUGCUGAUUGCAGCCAUGUUGGGAGGCUAUGGGGGUUUAAUCUGUGGUUUGCUCUUCCCAUGGCUUGCCAGAAGCAUUUUCACACAAUACCACCGCAUGACCACAUACCAAAGGUUACCUAACCCGAUCUACUUGGGAACCCUCAUUGCUGGUUUGAUCCAUUCUCUGCUCUGCUUCUAUGGAAAAAUGAUGCCUAGUGUGUGGCCAACCAGUACUUUAACCCAGGUGUCGAUGGUCCACUUUUCCAUACUCCUUGGGUUAUUCUGUAAGGUUCUGACACAAGACCCUGGGACACUAGACAGAGCAGAAUCAGAUCCUCGGUUCUCUUGUAUCGCUGAUCUGGUGGAGAAGAACCAGAGCCCACAAAGGUUCUGUCCAUACUGUGAGCUCUUUCAGCCUGACUACACUAAACACUGCAAGCUGUGUGAAAUGUGCAUUAAAGACUACGACCAUCACUGCCUUUUCCUCAACCGGUGCAUUGGCCGAGGUAACCACCGCCUGUUCCUGGUCUUCAUCCUCUCCAUGGUGGCUGCCCACCUUCUUUUUGUUGCCACAGGAAUAAGUUACCUGUACAGCAAGAUGCCUGGAGGCAGCCACAGCUUCUCAUUGUGGCUCACAUUGUUAGGAGAGGAUUUCUGGGUUGUUGUCAUGAUGAUCAUGAAUGGACUGACACUCAUCUGGGAGGUGUGGCUUCUGACUGAGCAGUUUGAUGCUGUCGCCACUGGAACAACCACCUACUUUAAACAAUGCGAAAGCGCCGCACGACAGCGGUCACUAGCACAGCGCUGGGUGAUAGUGCUGUCAUUUCUGAUGGAGGGUCGGAGACGGGUGGGCAGCAGACCAGCCAGAGAGGACAAAACUGCCAUAGACAUUUAAAACUGUCACUCUGACCUUUGUGCAGCUUAUUUGAAAACAUUUCCAGUAUUGCUCAAGUACAAAUACUCACUCUUAGUUCCUCUGUGUAAGGUGGUUUGUGAUAAUGUCCUUUUUAGAUUCAGUAACUUUAAUGCCAUAUCUUGUACUUGAUUUUAGUAUAUCUAAUAUAUUUUGAUAUUAAAUAGGCUAUAGAGUAGAUUUGCCAGGACAAUAGUUCACAAAGUGACUUGCAGGGUAUCUACCACAAAUGUAGACAUUCGCCUAGUUUUUAGAGACCUCACUGAAAACCCAUACUUUAAGAAACAGUGUUUUUAUUUUCUCGUUGUUUUAUAUUGUUUGUGUAAAGUACUCAAUAUUUCUGAUACUGUGUUUUAGCAGCGAGCGUCUACAUCAGGGGUGUCAAACUCAAUUGCACAGGGGGCCAAAACUCAAGGCACACUUUAGGUCGCGGGCCAAACAAGAUAAACAUUUACUGAACACAUUAAAACAAUGUUUUUUAAACAUAAAUAUGAAUAAAAACAGACAGGAAUAUUAUUCCAGAUUAAAUAAACUUAAAAAAAUAAACUUUAACUUUAAAUAUUUUGCUCUUCAUAAAAAUAUAUCCUGUCAAAAUUAUGCAAGUUAGAAAUAUGAACAUGCUGCCAAAAACCCCAGAAAAAAUAAAUGAAAGCAUACACAAGGUUGGAGCUGCAUGUAGACGGAGCUGGGCAUUGCUUCAGGAAUGGAACUAAUAAACUGUGCGGGCCAUUCAGUGUCGUACUUUCCCUUGAGUGUAUCAUUACACUGCAGCUCCAUCUGAAUCUGCACAGGUGCAGUUCAGCAAAGUCCGCUGACUUGGUUCAACAUUACUUGGCAACAGGGAAAGUGAGGCAGGUUGCACUGGUGCAUUUGUGACAGCUACACUUGAAAUGCCUUCACCGCAUCAUACAUGCCAUGUCCAUGAACUGACAGAUUUCCUUGCUGAGCUCAAAAACUCUAUUGAGAACUUUUCCCCAACUCAGCCAACGGACCUCUGUAUGAUAAGGAAUGUCGGCAAACUCUGAAUCUAUUUCCCACAUAAAAGUCUGAAAUUGACGGUGAUUUAAACUUUUAGCUCAGAUAAAAUUCACGGUUUGUGUCACGGUGAUCAUUACAUGCUCCAUUUUUAGGACUUUACCACACAGCCUUUCCUGGUGUAUGAUGCAGUGAUAUGCUGUUAACUCACCGGUACA